AUGCAGCCAAAUCCGUUCCCAUUCGCUAGCGUGAUUGGUAAUUCGUUUCUGUUUUCCAAUGGUGGGGAAGUGAGCGAGACUGGGUUUGCGGGGUCUAGGGUUUUCUUCUUUCUCCCGUUUUUGUUGUCCCAAGGAGGCGACAUGGAUCUUUCCAAGGUUGGUGAGAAGAUUUUGAGUUCUGUUCGAUCCGCUAGAUCGCUUGGCCUCUUGCCUCCCGCUCCUGAUCGUCCGGAGGUUCCAGCUCGAGCUGCAGCUGCUGCGGUUGUCGCCCGUGCACUAGCAGGAUUGCCUCCUCAUCAGAGGUACAAUCUCCCAUCAAGUUCUGAAGAACUGCGAUCAAUAUAUGGAAGCAAACCGUAUGGUCAAGAUCAUGUGGUGGAGGAGCUAGAGGAACAGUUUUAUGAAGAGGACUUUGAUCCGGUUGGCUUUAUUUUAGAGCAUAUACCAUCAGGAGAAAAUGAGUUGGAAUAUUUUGAGAAGCAGGCUGCUCUUAGGUUAGCACAACUGGAUGGAGUGGCAGAGCGAUUGUCCCUCCAUGUUAUGGAGCAUCAUGAAGUAAUGGUGAAGGGGAUGCAUUUGGUGAGAGAAGUGGAGAAGGACUUGAAGGUCGCCAAUGUCAUCUGCUUGAAUGGAAGAAGGCAUCUUACUUCAUCAAUGAAUGAAGUUUCAAGGGAUUUAAUUGUAAAUUCUAAUUCUAAAAAGAAACAAGCUCUUCUGGACAUUCUUCCACUAUUAACUGAGCUUCGUCAUGCAUUGGACAUGCAAACAGCUCUAGAAUCCCUUGCUGGAGAAGGGAACUACUGCAAGGCAUUUCAAGUCCUAUCUGAGUAUUUGCAGCUGUUAGAUAGUUUUUCAGAGCUUUCAGCAAUACAAGAGAUGAGUCGUGGUGUGGAGGUUUGGCUGGGAAGAACUCUACAAAAGCUCGAUUCACUUUUGUUGGCAGUAUGCCAGGAAUUCAAGGGGGAGGGUUACAUUACUGUGGUUGAUGCAUAUGCGCUCAUAGGUGACGUUUCUGGUCUUGCUGAGAAGAUACAAAGCUUCUUCAUGCAGGAAGUUCUCUCCGAAACUCAGUCUGUGUUGAAGAGUAUUGUGCAAGAGGACCAGGAAGCAAAGAUGCAAAAUAGCAGGCUGACAUAUAGCGAUCUGUGCCUUCAGAUACCAGAAUCCAAGUUUCGGAAGUGUUUGCUGAGAACACUAGCUGUCUUGUUUAGAUUGAUGUGCUCAUAUUAUGAAAUCAUGAACUUUCAGCUCGAAAAUCAGGUUUCAGCAUGUCAAAGUUCAAGUACCAAGGAGAACUGUGACACCUCUUCGAAUUCAGGAGAGAUUCAGAAAAGUGAUUCGGUUACGAAAAUUUCUUGUAAUGACCCAGGAAAUAAUGAUUCUAUUUCAGAAUCUGUAAAUGGAACUUCUGGUUCAUCUUAUACAGAGGAAUUGACUAGAAAUAUCUCUUUGACUGAUCCUCUAAGAACUACAGAUUCCUCAUCUAUAGAAUCUCAUCAUCCAGUUGAUGUAGCUGGGAAUGAUAGCGAUGAACCAUCAAGCAGUGGAUCCCCUUGGUAUCAGCUGCGGAGCGAUGCAACGGCCUUUGUGUCCCAAACUCUUCUUAGAGGACGCAAAAAUCUUUGGCAACUCACAACAAGUCGAGUCUCGGUGUUGCUAUCUUCAACUGCUGUUGGUUCAACAAGCAUUCACCAAUUUUUGAAAAAUUAUGAAGAUCUGAAUGUCUUUAUCUUAGCUGGGGAAGCCUUCUGUGGAGUUGAAGCAAUUGAGUUCAGGCAGAAGUUGAAGGCUGUUUGUGAAAAUUAUUUUGCUGCGUUUCAUAGGCAAAGUGCAUACGCACUUAAAAUGGUUUUGGAAAAGGAGAGCUGGCUGACAUUGCCACCAGAUACGAUUGAGGUAAUCAGUUUUGCUGGGCUUGUUGGGGAUGGAGCAGCACUAAUCAUUCCAUCAAACAGCAACUCUACUAAUGCCAGGGUACUUCAUACCGACAAAUUAGUUAACUCAGUUGAUUCUGCUUACAAGAAGAGUGGGUUUACGCAUUGGCUUAAAAGUGGAAAUCCUUUUAUAUUGAAACUAACACAUGCUUCUAGAGAGGGCCAGAGUCCUAUACUAAAUGGGAAAAUCUCUGGAGACUACGAUGGGGAUGUAAAUGUCAAUUUUCUUGGUGAUAAGUUUUCUCCCAAAAAGGCUGAUGUAAAUCAUAUGAAUGGUGCUACUGGCUCAGAAGAUGAAAAUGAAGAUCUUCUUGCGGACUUUAUUGACGAGGAUAGUCAACUUCCAAGUCGAAUAUCUAGACCAAAUGUUUCAAGCUCUCGCUCUUCACAUAGGAUUGCAGAUGAAAUCACAGCACAAACAGGAUCAUCUCUUUGCCUUCUAAGGUCAAUGGAUAAAUAUGCUAGGCUUAUGCAGAAAUUAGAAGCUGUGAAUAUUGAGUUUUUUAAGGGAAUAUGCCAGUUAUUUGAGUUUUUCUUCUACUAUGUAUUUGAAACAUUUGGCCAGCAAAAUACUACCUCUAGUGGAAGGUCUUCAACUGAUGUUCUUAAUUAUCGUUUGAAGACGGCUUUAUCCAGAAUAAUGCAAGAUUGUGAUCAGUGGAUAAAACCGCAGUCGGGACCUUUUUCAUCUGCGUCACCGACAUCUUUGAAUACAUCGUUCGUACGUGCUGAUGUAACACCUACUAGUCCCUCUAAUACAAACUUUGGUCACUUGCAAGGCACGUCUUUUGGCCUCAAGGAAAGAUGUGCUGGUGUUGAAACCAUAUCUCUUGUUGCUCAAAUAUUGCAUAGAUCUAAAGCUCAUCUACAAUCAAUGCUUCUUCAAAAAAAUCCAGUAAUGGUUGAAGAUUUCUAUGUACACCUGGUGGAUUCUGUACCAGAUCUUGCAGAGCACAUACACAGAACAACUGCAAGAUUACUACUACAGAUUAAUGGCUAUGUUGAUCGAAUUGCUAAUGCGAAAUGGGAAGUGAAAGAGCUUGGGCUGGAACAUAAUGGGUAUGUGGAUUUGUUGUUGGGCGAAUUUAAGCACUAUAAGACAAGGCUUGCUCAUGGGGGAAUCAAUAAAGAGGUUCAGGACCAACUCUUAGAAUAUGGAGUUGAAAUAGUGGCUGAAACUCUUGUUGAAGGUCUCUCAAGGGUGAAAAGGUGCACUGAUGAAGGACGUGCUCUCAUGUCGUUAGAUCUUCAGGUUCUAAUCAAUGGUCUACGACACUUUGUACCCGUAAAUGUAAAACCCAAGUUACAAAUAGUUGAGACUUUCAUUAAGGCUUACUAUCUUCCACAAACUGAAUACGUGCACUGGGUUCAUGCUCAUCCAGAAUACAGUAAAAAUCAGAUCGUGGGGCUAAUAAACCUUGUUGCUGCAAUGAAAGGCUGGAAGAGGAAAUCCCGGUUGGAGGUACUUGAAAAGAUAGAAUGAGCCGAAGUGAAGUUGGUGUUUAGAUUGCUAUGUUUGGUUUCAAGCAUACAUGAAACUGAUCCUUUUUCUCCAUUGUACUGAGUAAUGUACACCGAAUCGCGUUUUCUUUUUUAUUUUAGACUAUCGCUCAAGUUGUAUCCGCUUAAAGUGUCAAUUUGUAACAUAUGAGAUGCUCUCUGUAAAGGAAAAAAAAAAUAAAGUGUAAUUUUGGAUCACAUCAUGAGUUAGCGAGUUCACAAAGAAACCGGCUCCUUUUCUGGUUGGAGAUGUGAUAUACAGACUUUAUUGAGAUUUUAUCUUUUAUCUAA